GAAUAUUAACUCUAACUUUACUAACUUGGGAAUUAGAUAACUCAUGCCAGUGACCGUUUUCCUGAGAAGUUUCGUUCAAAAUUCUAGUUAGCCACAUCAGCCCAGAUGACGGGGAGUCGCCGACAAUAAUCCUGCUUCCAUAUGGACGCAUGUUGGUGGUUGACCGUCGCGUGGUGAGCCGGCUGCAGAAUCACAGGGACGUGGGCGGCAUGGAAAUGAUGGAAGUGGGUGCCGAUUUGUACAGACCCAGCAUGCAUCGCCGGCCUUCACAACCGCUUACCAUCGCCAGUACGCCUAGUUUCAUCAUCGAUUCAUCGGAUACCAGCAAAGGGGUUACUCCUACCUCGUUGAAACUUCCUCCACCAGCGUACGGCCAACUAUUUCCAUCAGACCUCCCGCCUUCAUAUAGCGAGAUCAGCCUGAUGAUGAAACAGAACCGCCUAGAGACGCUGCAUCUGGAACCCAUGCCGUCCUCAAAUCAACUGCGUGAUGGUGAAGUGACUGUAGUGCAAAUGGCGGACUCUAACGCUAAUGUGGACGAAUCAGAAACCCGUUUGUCUAGGGAACCAGUGUAUAGUGACGAUAACGAUGAUAAUAACAAUGUCAUCGUGGAAAGAGAAAAUGACGUGGAAGACAUAAACAACAAUAAUAAUGUGGUUAUAGCAAAUGGUCAUAUAGAAUUUGUACAGGAAUUGUAAAUUAUUAUAUGUAUAGCAGUAUUAUUUUUUGCUAGAUACAAUCUUUUAUAUCAGAUCUUUGGUGAUUGCAGGAUGCAUUCAAAAGCAGAGGAUCAAUGUAUUUUGGGUACAUACAAAUAAGUGAUGAGGCUGGCAACGUGGCGCUCAAUGAGGCAACACUGGAAGCGCCUGCAUUGGCGGGGAGAUAGGGGAACAUGCGAUCCGCCUUCAGUACAAGUUUGAACUCGCUCGAGUCAUUUGGUUGUCCGUGUCGAUUAUUAACAGUUUUUUCUAUCGUGUUCUAAAAAUGAAUGACAUCAAUUUUGAGCAACGAUGUGAUAUCAGGUUUUGCUUCAGUCUUGCGCACAGUGCAACUCUUGCUAAACUUCACCAGCCCUACGAAGAUAGUGCUUUGUCAAGAGCCGAGGUUUUUCGGUGGUUUAAGACAUUUUCAAAAGGGAGAGAGUCGAUUCAAGCGGCAGGCCUUCAUCUUCAAGAACCGACGAAAAUAUCGACAGAAUAAUGAUAAUAAAAUGUACGUAAAAAAAUCUUAAAUGGAGCACUUUCUAUGUGGAAAUUUGUUUUUCCAAAAUACCAUUUGCAGCAAUAUAUUGACGUCAGGGGCGGCUGGCCCUUAAGUUCUGCAGAGCUGCAGAACUGCCAAAACUUUUGUCUUAACAGAAAAAAACAGUAGUAAUUUGAUCAUUAUUUAUUUUCCAUGUUAUCACACAAAUAGAAACAAUACCGGCGUGCCCCCGCAAGACACGGCGUCGAGUCUGUUUUGCAGCAUUAUAAUCGACCAAUUGUGUACUUGUCAUUUUCGUCGCGACCGCAGCGUAACAUUAUUCAUGGGCCACUUGAAAAGGGUCCGUGCACUUCUUCGACACAAGCCGCACGCGUUAUUAUGUCCCAAGCUGCUUCCGGAAAUGCUCAAGUUCUGGUGUUCUUUGGGGAUUUGAAAGAUAUUCAGGGAUUUUUUAAUAAUUCUCCUCAACGCGUACAGGUACUGUACAGAAUUGUGGUGAAAAAAAUUCCCCAAGGAGCAACAACUCGUUGGAAUUUUAAUAUUCGAACAAUAAAUGUAGUGUUUGAGAGAAUCACUCAUUGAAUGCAUGGAAGAAAUAGAAGAAAAUUUCACUAAUGAAACCGUUUGCAAGGCAGCUUGCGGAAUUCACCGUAUGUUAAACGAUUCUGUUUUCGUGUUUUGGUUGACAUUUUUUCAUCGUGUCAUGCCUCACGUCGACAUCUUGUUCAACCAGUUGCAGAAGAGAAAAACCGAGCCAGCGCAAGUUAAAACGGCUAUCGAUAAUUUUGAAAAAUGUAUUGUCGAUGUGAGAAAUAAAAUUGAUGACAUAAUGAAGCUAAAAGUAUUUGCACUGAACCCCAAGGCAACAAAAGGAGACACGACGUAAUAAUAGCAGUCACGAUCACAGAGUUGACGCAUUAGAAGUAUGCAAACAAUAUAGUGAAUUCUGCAAAUGACAGAUUUCAAUUCAAAGAUCAUUUGGUAGCCGCAUCCCUAUUUUUUCCCGAACACUUUGGAGAAUACUGUGGUAAGUUUCCUGGUGACAAGUUGGAAACUACCUGCUUGGCUUAUCCCGAAUUAGAAAAAAGUCGUUUAAAGACAGAGUUGUCUGUUAUUUAUGCACGGAAUGAUUGCCGAGAUUUACAUGGAACUCUGUCUCUUUUGAAAUUUUUGACACAAAAUAGUUUGGAGGGAACACUAAAAGAAACAAAAAAGUUAUUCGAAAUUAUUGUUACAACUCCUAUGUCAACAUCAGAGGCUGAGCGCAAUUUCUCAACAUUGAAAAGAAUCAAGACCUUUCUUCGAAAUACUAUGACUGUCCAUUGAAAAGGAAUUUAUUUCGACCAUGGAAAAUUUCAACGGGAAGGUGAUCGACAUAUUUCCCGCCAAGAAGGAGCACAGGAUCGAACUGACAUAUAAAAAAUAGGUAAGUUCGGAUUUGCAGAACACCUGUUUUAUUUUUCCACGAGCCGCCACUGCUUGACGUCAAAUACAAAACAAGUGACGUUGGAGAAUAGACCACACGAGUCAUGAUAAUAAAAAUAAAAGGAGGUAUCUUUGCUAAAAAUGAGUGAAUAAAUAAUCUAAAAUAGAGAAAUAAUAGGGAAAAAACGACAAAUGGAUAAACUAAAAUAUAAUUGUGUAAAAUUAACAAAAAUAGGCUAAUAAAUAAACUAAAAUAAAUAAAAACAGUAUCUUAAACAGUAUUCUCUAAAGCAGCAUAAUGAAGAUCAAAUAAACAAAAAAUAUAAUGCAGCCUGGGAUCGAUAAUCGAUAUCCUGUGUUCUGUUCUGUGAGUCAUGAUAAUAAAAAUACAAGGAUAAAAAAGGUAUAUUUGCUAAAAAUGAGUGAAUAAAUAAUCUAAAAUAGUAUCUUGGAGAAAUAAUAGGGAAAAAACGACAAAUGGAUAAACUAAAAUAUAAUUGUGUAAAAUUAACAAAAAUAGGCUAAUAAAUAAACUAAAACAAAUAAAAACAGUAUCUUAAACAGUAUUCUCUAAAGCAGCAUAAUAAAGAUCAAAUAAACAAAAAAUAUAAUGCAGCCUGGGAUCGAUAAUCGAUAUCCUGUGUUCUACUCUCCAAGGUCACUUGUUUUGUGUUGCUUUGACGUCAAGAUAUUUCUGGAAAAUUGUGUUUUGGAAAAACAAUUUUCCAUAUAAAAGGUGCUCCAUCCAUGAUUUUUUUGUCCAUAAUUACAUAUUACACUGUUGUGUACACGUUAAACCUGCGAUAACCCCCUAAGUACGUGGUUAUGUUAAGUGUACUAUCACCGAUAUUUUCACAUACGAUACUUGGGUGUAUCGAUACAUUUCACGAGUAUCGUUAUCUUUCGAUCCGGAUUGUGACAGAAAGGGUGACUAACUUCAGAUUACUUUUCUUCUUUGUUUCCUUCCGCUGAUGCUGCUCACUUCACGACCUCACAUAAUUUAUUUUGGACUGCUAGGUGUAUAUUAGGGGGCAUUCGCAAAAAUUAGGGGAUUUUUAUUUCAAUGGGGAUUUUUUAUGGGGAUUUCUUUUGGGGAAGCAUAUUUUUCUGGGGGAUAUAUUACUAUGUAAAAUUGUAUUAAUGGCAUUACAUAAUGUACUUGUUACGUAUUUAUUAAAUAUAAUAUAAAAUAUGUCGCUCAAUAAAUAUUUCAAGAUCGAAGAAUACCUAACAAAUUGUAAACCUAUGGUAACAAAAAAUAAAUGGUAUUUUUUGGGGAUUAUUUUCGGAAAGUGCUGAAUUUAGGGGAUUUUUACAAUUCGACUGGGGAAACUGAGAUAAACGACCUGGAAAUCCUGUUGGAUUCGGUUUCCGGGAAUUAUGCACACAUGACACACAGCGUUCUUAGUAUCGUUUGAUUAAACAUUAUAGUUCAAAACAAAACAUCAUUGUGAUAGUGUUGCCUCCUGUAAGAAGUGAUUAGUGGAGAUAUUUUGUAAAAUCGAGUUUAAGUGUGAGAUGUAAUUUAGAAGUUUUUUACCCGUUUUUAUUAGUGAACGUAUUUGAUAAUCUAGUCAUGAAGUUGAAAGAAGUAAACAUUUUUUUGAGGGUUGUAGAAAAAACAACCUCGAUUUUCGGCAGUGUAUAUUCUGUAUCGACAGGUUUCGAUACUUGUGGUGUCUGUAUUUUCAUUCCGAUAUUUUAGAGUAUUGAUACUUCCUAAAACGAUACGAAUCGAUAAUGGUCUUGAUACUUUUCGUGGAUCGGAACAUCCCUAGUUCCGGCACUGCUAUGAGAAUGGAAAAACCGUCUUCAGGGCUCUGUGGCUUGAGAAGGAAGUUCUCUUGAAAGUGGCAAUAUAAAAUUGUAAUUAUAAUGAAAACAGUCUCAUCACUUAAUUUACAGACCUCGUAUUUCCGAAAAUCGCAAUAUUGCUGCCUAUAGGAUAUUCUGAAAACAUCGCCAUUCAAAUUAUUUUCAAACUGAUUGAACAGUAUAUCACAACGGACGUACAGGGCGUCCCAAUAGAAAGUUUAUUAUUAGAGGACUAAUUACAUAAAAACUAGGUCAUCUAACGAAAAUGUGUUUACUAUUUAUUAAUCUACACAGUUUGGGAAUUUGUUUUAAAAAUAACAUCGUCCGAAUGUAAACCCUCGCGGUCACGACGCUCAUUUAUCCGUACACUAGGAUUUCUUAUGACGGCUCGGCAGGUCGACUCUGUUAUGGUCGCCAUUUCGUGACGGAUAUGUUCCUUCAAAUGCGCCGUUGGCAUAAACAUUUGAGAUAACCGCACAGGAAAUAUCCACAUGGGUUAAAUCAAUCUCCCUGCAGACAUUCGUCAGAAAAUUUCUGACAAAAGAGCUGCAACUAAGCAAGCGAAGAGGUCUUGUCACCCAGAUGACAUUCACAGAGCAACGAAUCUUGUUCAUGAAGUGAGAAAUGCUCUUCAUGAAUUCCGUUAUGAGCAACGGAGCGACUUUCUGUCGGGGAUGCUUGACUCAAGUAUUCCUCUCUGGAAUGUCGCUCAGAAACGGAAAGUGAGAACAACUGCCGCACAUCCACGGUCCUAGGGGCAUAGUCUGUAGGACAGAGGAAAAGGUCGAGGUUUUCGCUGAUGCAAUGGAAAGUCAGUUCUCUCCCAACUAUGACUUUGAUGAUGACCUCGACGAGGAGCAACAUAUUGUAAGAUCCGUCAGGAGAUAUUUUAGGACCAACGGCGUCAGUGGCAGUAGUGUCUCCCUUAGUGAUUUUUCCUCAGAGAAAUCUUCAGAAGAUUCCUCAACUGAAGAGCUGCAUGGCACAUCAGCGGAAUCUCCUGAGACUCCGCAUUGCACACCAGCAGAGCUCCAAGGUCAUAUUAAAGACCUCAAGGUGCGUAAAGCUCCUGGAGAGGAUGGAAUCACUAAUAAGGCGCUGAAGUUACUUUCGCGGAAGUCCUUAACUUAUCUCGUGGCAAUAAUCAAUGCCAUGCUAAGGACCCAGCACUUCCCAACGGCGUGGAAGACCGCUGAUGUGAUAAUGAUUCGAAAGAAGGUGGGUUCGAUAUUCCCCCAGGAUUACCACCCCAUUAGUCUACUGUCAGCUCCUUCUAAGCUCGCUGAAAAGGUGAUUAUACGUCACCUAGAAAAUUUCUCGGCAGACCACAAUGUGAUUCCUGACGUGCAAUUUGGCUUUCGGUCUGAGCAUAGUACGGAGCUACAGGCCAUAAGGUUUGUUGAACAAGUAACCAGGGGAUUCACCCGUAACGAAAGUACUGGCAUCUUGCUUCUGGAUGUCUCAAAGGCAUUUGACAAGGUGUGGCACAAGGGCCUACAAAUUGAUCCAUAAGGGCUUCCCCUUCUGGCUCCUAAAACUUUUGAAAUCCUUCCUCGAGGGUAGGAAAUUUCAGAUCAAAAUUAAUAUCGUUCUGUCGACAACACGGCCCAUCAAAGCCGGUGUCCCUCAGGGUUCGGUUCUUGGACCAGUCCUUUAUUCACUUUUUAUUCAUGACGUCCCUUGCCCCAGCAACUGUGAAAUCUCUAAGCUGAUGACACUGCCCUGGACUGUAGUGGACGAGGUAUUGGAAUGGGCGAAUGGGUGGCUGAUUAAAAUUGAUCAUUCGAAAACGCAGGCAAUCUAUUGUACCAUGGGAAAGCUCUGCUAAGUAUCUCAGUAUCACUCUUGACAAGGGAAUGACCUGGCAGAAGCACACUGAAGCGUUAACAACUAAAUGCCAAAUCUCAUUUCGGCAACUCUACCCUAUACUAUCUAGAACAUCAAAAUUAAGUUUGAUCAACAAAGUUCGGCUAUACAAGAUGGUUAUUAGACCAACGAUCACUUACGCAAGUGCGGCUUGGUGUUUUCUCGCCAAAACGCAUUUGCGGAGCCUGCAAGUUUUGCAGAACAGAACCUUGCGUACAAUCACUAACGCCCCAUGGUAUGUUCCGCACCCUAAGCGGAAAUCAUACCCCUAGACCAACGAGCCAUGCUUUUUUUAAAUUAAACUUAUUUUCAUUCAGUGCAUUUUUGGCACGCUUUGUAGUGACAUCAUAACUCAUGAUUUGUCAUUUGAUAUAUUUUUUUGUUAUGCUACUGUCGAGUUUUUGACAUACCAUCUGUUUAGAAAGUAUUUAUGGCUUAUGCUUAUUAAUACAAAUUACAUUUAAAACAGUGAAACAUUUAUAUACCCUUUCUAUGUUGUUAAUAUUGUUCUUAUAUAAUGGAGUAAAUAAAUGUCUACUACUUCUUGUACCCUAAGUGUUUUUACUCUCUACAAGAGUUUUAUAAUUUUUAAUAAUUAUUUAUCUCUUUUUUGAUUAUAUUACUUAUUAUACAUUUAUACUGCAUAUUUUUUAUAUUCUUCUAUCCAACUAUUUAUACAUCUAAGCAAACAUACUGUUUUUGCUAUUUAUUUUAUAACUUGUUGUCAUCUAUUUUAUUCUAAUUUAGCCAUGUGUAUAUUUUUCUUUUGCUUAUGUAAAUCCGACCUUUUCCUGUUGACGUUUCAUAUCCUCAAAGCAAUUUGAAUAAAAGUUAUUAUUACUAUUAGUAGUAAUACGGGACAUAACAGCAAGAUAAUAACAACAAGUAGCCGCUUUUCUUCUAUGCUUUUUUGUUGGCAUCUUUGACCGGUGAUUAAUUGAUAAAGAUUAAUAAUUAUAUGAUGUGCUUUUCUGUUUUUCUCACGUAGCUACUGUGGAAACAGCUGAGCUCAGAGACAAGCUGUCUCAUUUGAGAGCAAAAGUUACAAGUAUUAUAACUCAAGGGUUUUAGAGAAAUGCUCAUGUUCUAACGAUACAUUUCUGUCUUAAGAAUUCAGUCUCCUUGUGGACACUUAGCCAUACGGUCACUUUAGGCGAUGUAGGGGUUAUUCAUGAUUGCAUUUGGUGGUCGUGGCACUCCAGUAGCGGUUUAUUGAAAUGUCAAGUUGUGCGCUAAACAAAUAUAAACUUUCUUUUGGGAUACCCUGUAUUAUAUACUGUAGUAGUAACUGGUGACACUACAUGUGUAUUUAACUCUCCUCCAUUUUAUAAUACAAUAAGAAUUUCAUAACUACAAUUUUAAACUGUUUUUGAAUGCUGUUCGAAAUGUAGGUUAACACCAGUUCAUUUGUUAAAAGAAAUAAGGACGAAUGUAGUUAGACUAAUAUAAGUUGAUUGAAUUUUACUUCGUAUGAUAAAUAUAUACUUAGAAUUACAUCUAAACAUUAUCCUUAAGUGCCUCUUAUAAAAAUAAUAUUAGAUUUCAACAAAUAAGGCAAGUUAUAAAAUUUUUAUUUAAUUACGAGUGUAAAUAUUUGUUUACUAAAUUUUUGUCGAAAACACGAGCACAUUUUACGUUCAAGCAUCACCUUGGUUAUGACCUUCAAGACCAUUUCAAGGUCAAAUGGAGAAAUCGAGUACUUUGCUCUAGCAAAAAUGUCCGACAGCAUAUUUGUGAGAUUUGUGGGGAUUACCCAAAUGUAACCUUGUCCAUGGCGUUCAAGGUCAAGUCAAAAUUUCCAAACGAAACUCUCGUUUUUAUGCUGGAAGUGGAAAAAGCAGGAAAUUUUACAUCAAAAUAUAAUAUUGAUAACAUUUAAGCUUGACAGGACCUUGACUUUGAGGUUAGGGCCACAGUCGGAUGUAAAACUUCCCGCUUUUUCGCAUUUCAGAAUAAAAAAGACAGGUUUCUGAUCUUUUGACUUGAUAUUGGAGGUCAUGGUCAAGGUCAUGAUCAAAGUCACCUCUGCUGGAACUAAUUAUUUCCUCUAUCUUCAUUUGACUUUGAAAUGUCAUAGCCAAGGUGAUGUUUGAACGUAAAAUUGUGAAAAAGAGGGGAUUCCGUUUUACAAUGUACACUUGACCUUGAAGAUCUUAGUCAAGGUCACCAUCAUUUUGCCCCUUGGAUCCUACAACUUUCGUUUAAAAACGUUUUAUUCCAUGAUUUUUUAAAUUAAUUUCAGUACAUUCAGAUAUAUGUAUGAAAUGAUUAUGUGUAGGCUUCCGUUUGUUAUGAAUAACAACUUUCGAGUAGCUCAUCCGAAUAUACCGUUAUUAGUUCAGUGUUAUGGAUUAAUAUAUGUAUUAUUUUUAUCAAUUCAAGUAAUGAGUAUCCAUUCGGGAGAUGUUAAUCAAUAAAUGCUGCCAAUGUAUUAACUUGUGGGGAUAAGAAAUUUUAGAUGUUGUAAUGUUGACGUUGAUGGACAAAUACUUCAUAAGUUGUAAAUCUAUAGGUUGACCAACAGAGCAUAUGAAAUUAACAAUCGACUUAUUGACGGUCGACAAGAUAUUGAAAAUGUCAAUAACCAAUACGUAAAACUAUAAGAAAUACCAUGUAGUGAGAAGAUUAUACUAAUAUAAUUAAUAAAUAUUGAAAUAUACCUAUUCCUUUUCCACUAUUCAAUAGUACUAUUGUUGGUCAGCAAUAGAAACUUUUCUUUACUUACCACUGUACAGUAAGUUUAUCGAGCUUGAAGCUCUGUGAUUCUAUCUCUUUUCCAAUUAUAGUUUUUUUGAGAUGUUUUUAUUGUCUAGUAUUUAAUGUUAUCUUGUUCAAGUAAUAAUUUUACCUCAGCCACGAUAUCUUUUUUGAGUUGACUUGAUU